AUGUCAGCAGGAGGGUGGGCAAAGAAACGUAGGCGAGAGGAGAGGCAGAAGGCGUACGAUGAAGAGCUUCCCUCUCUGCAAGCUGCAGCAAGUCUUUUUUUCCAUCAAGCCAGCAGCUCUUCUGGAGCCGCAGGAGUUCAGCAAACCAUUGGAAAUGCACCAUUGGGGGUGGAGGGAAUAUGCUCAUCUGCUGAGGUGCCUGGAAAAGAGGAUGAUAGAUCAAAGGAUGAGUCGCGCCUCAAGGAUAGCGAUACCAAUAAGGCAGCUGACGAUAAUUCAGGUCGCUUUCCUCAUCGUCUUUUGGAUAAUUAUGGGUGGCUCCGCUAUGAUGCACUCACUGCUACGGCAUAUUGUGUGGCAUGCCGCAAAUAUGGCCUUGCCAACUCCUUGGGCCGUGGAGUAACAAACUUCCGUCGUGUGACUGGCCAGCAUGGAACGUUUGCCGCACACGAUAAGUCUCGUGAGCACGGCAGUGCAAUGCUACGCUUGUCGACAGAGUCUGGCAGAGGUACCGUGCUUAAACAGCUGGUUUCUACCGCCGCUGAUGAGUGCAAGCGAGGCAGAAGAGCUCUGUUGUGUAUUAUCGACAUAGUUCGCUCAGCACUACGGCAAAAUCUACCGUUGCGGGGGCACAGCCAUGCUGAUAGUAAUUGUAAUCAGUUGAUCCAACUGUUGAGGAGGCACAACAGCGAUCUCCAAUGGUGGCUGAGCAGAUCAAGCAAAGUCACCUUCACUUCCUCAGAAACCAUCAGAGAAUGUAUCACUCUCAUUGGAGUAGCAACAAUGAGAGCAGUCGCCUCGUCCCUCAACGGACGACUUUUCUCGGUGGUUGUCGAUGAGACAAGCGAUGUUAAGGGGGUCGAACAGGUUGUGAUUGUCGUGAGGACGGUAUGUCCCACCGAUCUGACGCCGGUGGAAACCUUUUUGGGUUGGUGCUCUACCAAAGACCAGGAUGCUGCUAGUCUCACACGUCUAGUGAAAGACUGCCUCAUGCGAUACUCCCUUCCCUUGGGUGAUUGCCGCGGGAUCGCCACAGAUGGUGCUGCAAAUAUGGUGGGUGUGCAUAGCGGAUUAAGAACACGGAUAAAGGCGGAAUUCCCCGCCGUCCUGCACACCUACUGUGCGGGGCACGCCCUAAACCUUGUGUGCCGCCAGUCGGCGGACACCUGCGCUCCUUGUAAGGCAAGCAUUGAGCUGAUCGGACAGUUGGCCAAGCACAUUAAGAGCUCGCCGAAGAAGCUUGCCUCAUGGGAGGAGUUUGUGCAGCUCCAUCGUUCACCUGACGACUCCAGAAUUGUGGGUGAUGAUUUGGUUGAAGAGUACGUCUCUUCCCAGACAGAGUCUGAUGGUUCAAGCGAUGAGGAGGCUGUGGCAGGGCCAAUUCGAGCCCAGCGACUACCUACUCUGAAAACCCUAUCGGAUACGCGUUGGUUGUGCAACGGUAGAGCGGUGAUUGCUGCCUUGGCUAACUAUGAGCUCUUGUUGAGCUAUUGUAGCCAAGACGGCACUGGGGGCGACUCAGCUCUUGUUGUACUUGGUGAGAGACUCGACUCCUUCGAAACUUUCUAUUGUUUACGUGUCCUCGACGACGGUUUUAAAACGGUCUUGCCUGUCCACGCUACCGUGCAGGCACCAGGUCUAUCGAUUUGCACUGUCCGGGAUUUACUGGAGGACCUCAAGAGACGACUGUCCGAGAAAGCACAGAACUGGUCCAAGCUCGUUUCGUUCUAUCAAGACGCAGUUGAAGAAGCCCAAUCACUUGGUAUAGAUCCACCAAAGCUUCACAGAGCAGCACGUCGAGGUCUUCGAGCAAAUCUCAAAUAUGAUGUGGCUGAUUUAACCAUGGUUGGUCAUAUUGAGUCUGUGCUUCUGGCCAAUGCAGAAGUGCCGAGCGCAUUGAAGACCUUAUACCAAGACAUCGACUGGGAUGCUCUGGUGGGAGAGAGGCAGGUUAUGAGGGCAUGGUUUUCUAGCCAGGGCAGGACUGAGAUGGAGAAUGGAGCACGCUUAUCUAUGGAUGAUAUCAUAGUUGGUCUGAAGGCUGACAUCGGGGGUCUCCUACCACAACUUCGUCGGCUAUUCAUCACACUCUUGGUUCUACCAGCAUCGACGUGUUCGGCCGAACGAGCUUUCUCCGCGUUGCCGCGGAUCAAAACCAAAUUAAGAACCACAAUAAGCCAGGAUGCGCUCAACUCCUACGCAAUUUGUGGCAUCAAUCGUAGCUUUUGUGAUGAGCUCUCUUUAGAGGCUUUAGCCGACGAGUUCAUCCAAGCUAGGAACGGUCGUAUAAAUGUCUGUGCCCUAUCAACACAGUAG